CUCUCUUGCUUAACUUAACUUAGCUUCUUCUUCUGCAAUUAAUCUGCAAUGAGCAACAACAUGGAAGACAAAGUGAGCAUGGAAAUGGCUCCACCUCCUGAGCAUCUUUGCUAUGUCCGGUGCAACUUUUGUAACACUGUUCUUGCGGUUGUGAUUCCAUGCAAGAGGUUGUUGGAGACCGUCACAGUUAAAUGUGGUCAUUGUGGAAAUGUUUCUUUUCUAAGCACUCGACCACCUCUCCAAGGCCAAUGUCUUGACCACCAAAUUACCCUUCAAGGAUUUAAUUUCAUGGAGAAGCCAGGGGGAUUUUGCAGUACUGUUGAUCAUCACAGCAAGAAAGGCCAAUCAUCUUCUUCGUCAUCGUCCACCUUGACUGAGCCUGUUUCUCCAAGGCCAUAUGUUGUUAAACCUCCUGAGAAGAAGCAUAGGCUUCCAUCAGCAUAUAAUAGGUUCAUGAAGGAGGAGAUCCAGCGCAUCAAAACAGCAAAUCCUGAGAUACCUCAUAGGGAGGCUUUUAGCACUGCCGCAAAGAAUUGGGCAAGGUUUCUUCCACACUCGCCAGCUGGGUCACUUGCAGAGAGCAGCAACACCCAUUAA